CAGAGGUGGGAAAGAGAGAGAAGCCGGAUGGAAAGAAAAGGCAGAGUAAAUAGGAAGACACAGAUUUGAAAAUGAAAUCAAGUGUGUAUUCCUUUUUCUUUCAAAUUUAAACUGCUCCAAUUCUACAACUCAUCGCUACCAAAUCCCACCAAAUUAAAAACCCAUUUCUCCUAACCUUCUUCUCACAAUACCCAGAUCUCAGUUUCUCAGAAUUUGAUCAAAUUCGCUCUCGUUUGAUCAAUCAACCUCCGUUGCUGAAGACACCAUUGUGUUUGUUUCUCCCUUUCUUGUUUCCAACUACAUUUUGUUCCUUCAAAUUCAAAUUUAUUCGUACAUAAGAAAGAAACAAACACAAUAUCCUCCAACUUUCUAGGAAAAUCAGCCUUUUUUCCCCUUCCAUUUGCAGUAUAAUUGGCUCUGUUUUUCGUGGCCUCUCAAAAUCUGGGUUCCCUGAAUUUGGAACCAAAAAGGCCAAAUAGUCAACCAUGGGAAUCCAGAGAGACAGAGUCAAAUUCAACGUUGGUGGCAGAGUCUUCGAGACCACCACCACCACCCUUGCCAACGCCGGCCGCCACUCCUUCUUUGGUGCAUUAUUCGACGAGAAUUGGGAUACGAAAUCGAACACCAACAACAAUUCCUGCCAUGGCGAUGAUUAUCUCUUCAUCGACCGGAACCCAGAUUGCUUCUCGGUCCUCCUCGAUCUCCUCCGCACCGGCGAGCUUCACUUACCCCCAAACAUCCCCGAACGCCUCGUCUACCGUGAAGCCGCCUUCUAUGGCCUCCUGGACCAUGUCCGCUCCGCCAAGUGGGGUCAAUUCGACGGCAACCAACUCAUCCUCUCCCAAUCCGUGACUGGCCGGGCACCCGGAGAUGGCACUGCUAUCCGGGCCGGGCCAGACGGGGGUUGCUCGGUCGCACACGGUAGCAUAGUCCAUGUCUAUGAUUGGAUGAUGGAGGAGCACCCUCCAAUGAACCUUGAUUACCAGAGAGUCAAUGAUGUCAUAUGGGUUGACUCUGAAAGCAUAGUAAUCAGUGCUUGUGAGAGAUUAGGCCGGGUCGGAGAUGGAGGAAUGGGAUUGUUCAGCAAGUCCACAGGUGAAUUAAGACACAAAUUUCAGGUGUCCCAUGAAAAUCAGGUGAAGAGUUUCACUGGUGGUGCAUUGAGUAUGAAUGGAGAGAGGAUUUUUAGCAGUUGUAAAGGAAGGAGUAAUGAGUACGGGAUUGGGGUUUGGGAUCAGAUUACAGGGAAACAGAUUGAUUUCUUCUAUGAAUCUCCAGGUUGGUCACUUGGGGAUGCUGAUAAAUUGCAGUGGUUGGAUGGAAGCAAUUGCUUGUUAGUAGCUACAUUGUUUCCUAGGAAGGACAACUGUUACAUUAGUUUGUUGGAUUUCAGGGAGAAGAGUAUGGUCUGGUCUUGGUCUGAUAUUGGUGUACCGAUAAAUGUCGAUGAGAAGCGUGUUCGAGAUGCAGUAGCUAUGGAGGAAAGUAAUUCAAUCUGUGUAGUGAAUGAAUAUGAGGAUUUAGGGUUUAUAGACUUGAGAAUCAAUGGAGGGUGUGUAAGGUGGAGUUCGAGGAGUCGGUUGAUGAAACGGCUCAUGAGAGGGAAGUUGCCUGAAGAACCUUGUUAUCCAAAGCUGGCAUUACAUGAAGGACAGUUGUUCUCAUCAAUGGAUGACUGCAUUUCAGUUUUUUGUGGACCGGAUUGCGUGUUAACAUCUAGGUUGCGACGGAGCAAUGGAGGAUCCAUAUGCGACUUCUCCAUCGGUGGAGAUCGGCUUUUUGCACUUCACAAUGAGGAGAAUGUGUUUGAUGUUUGGGAGACUCCACCUCCUCCCAUUAUAUGAUUCAGGCCAGUACUUUGCUUGGUUUUGCAAUCUUGGUUUUGUUCAUCUUAGCUAUAUUCACAUAAACAUAUUGUUUUGUUUUCACUUUAUAGGGUUGUUGAAGAUAAUAGAGUAUGAGCUGAAACAAUACUAAUUAGGAAAACCAGUAUAGAUGUUCAGAGUUUUGUACUACUAGUCUUUGUUUGUACUACUAAGGUUUUGCUUAUUUGUUACACAGAAUUGACACUGAUUGACCACCAGAAUAUGAAAAUCUUGGUUCCCCUCCCCAUACUUACAGU